UUCUCUCGCUCUUACUCACCCUCUGCCCUGGGUGGAGCUUGGUUCUCGCAGGCUUGGAGGUGCCAGUGAAUCAGGCUGCAGGCACAUCCAGGGGAGCGGAGAGCCGGAGAGCACGACCCACCACCUGCCCUGGCUCACCUGGGAAGCUCUCCCUCCCCUCAUGGCUCGUAGAUCUCAAAGCUCCUCACAGGGGGACAAUCCCCUUGACCCUAACUAUCUGCCCCCCCAUUACAAGGAGUACUACCGCUUAGCUCUGGAUGUACUUACUGAAGAGGGCAAAGAAAGUUACCAACGCUUCCUGACAGAGGAAGCAGCCCCUGAUUUUCUUUGCAACUCAGAGGUGGACCACAUCAUACAGAAUCUCCAGAAACCCCAAUACGCCAAUCAGGAAGGCAGCACAGACAUUGCAGGUGACAAUGACAUGGAUGGAUCCUCUGGGACUUACUGGCCCAUGAACUCAGACCUUGCUGUUCCUGAGCUUGACCUGGGCUGGCCAAUGGUCUUUGGGUUCAGGGGAACAGAGGUGACAACCCUCGUGCAACCGCCACCCCCCGACAAUCCCAGCAUUAAGGAGGAGGCUCGCAGAAUGAUUCGAGCAGCUCAACAGGUGGUAGCCAUAGUGAUGGACAUUUUCACUGAUGUGGAUCUGCUGUUUGAAGUGCUGGAUGCUGCUGCUCGCAGAGUGCCUGUGUACAUCUUGCUUGAUGAGAUGAAUUCUCAGCUUUUCCUCGAUACAGCUGCUAAAUGCAGAGUCAAUCUUAACUAUGUGGAGUUCCUAAGGGUGAGGACAGUUUCUGGCCCAACCUACUACUGCCGCACAGGGAUGUCCUUCAAAGGCCAUGUGAAAGAGAAAUUCCUCUUGGUGGACUGCAUGGUGGUGCUGAGUGGCAACUACAGCUUUAUGUGGUCUUUUGAGAAGAUUCACAGGAGUAUUGCACACAUCUUCCAGGGGGAGCUGGUGGCCAGCUUUGAUGAAGAAUUCCGAAUUCUCUUUGCACAGUCAGAACCUCUGAUUCCUCCAGCCAAUGUCUUGGCAAAGACAGACAACACAUUUGCCAUGACUCCCUUUGGCAAUAACAUGCCUUUCUUUCCAAGAAAAGCACCCCUGAUGUUCCAAAGGGAUGACAGUCUUUUUCCCUCCUUCAUGGACAGAGUUGAUCCAGACAGGUACUUCCUGUCAAAUUUCAGGCGGGAUGAUAUGUUGCGCCAUACUGUGGAAGGAUCAGCUAUGCGAAUGUAUAAAAAGGUAGAAAUGGAGAAUUCCCAGAUGGAUCCUGUCAGGGGUUUUCUCCGUUCCAAGCAACUGGAGUUGGAUGCUUUUAAGAGACACAGUUUUGCAGAAGGAACAUUUGAAAAUUUUGCUUCUUCUAAGCAGUAUGCCAGGCAGAUGUUCUUGAACAAUAUGGAUGAAUUCAAAAUCCAGUCUAGCCAUUUUCAGAAGGACCAGUUCUACCAGUACCAGUUUGAACAUCCCCAUCUUCCUGGCAGGCCUCAGGGACUCUUUGAGAGAAUCCGAGGUGGUAGGCAAUUCAGUGAACUGGAAGACUAUGGAGAGGGAUCCAGAUACCCUGAACUUGAAUCCAAUUUUCCACAAGAGGGUUUCCCCUUAAGGCUGGAUUACGUACCUUCAAAUUCUUCCAGGGAAGUGAGACAUGGCUCUGAUCAGCUGAAUCCUGCAGGGAAUGGCCCAAUGGGAAUGAUGUUAAGAAGGCAGAAUAUAGGACAGAAAUUUAUUUGCCAGACUUCUCCUACACAGAAGCAAAGCCUGGAACAACGCCUGUUCUUACAAGACAAAGAGGAGGACCAAGAUGAGGACAAGAACACACAGGAAAACAGAACAGGUUUACGUAACUGGAGGAUUUCCUCAUACCUGAGUGCAUACCAGUCUGAACCAGAAGAAGGUCUUCCAAUGCCUAUGGAAUCAGAGGCAUAUAAUGAUGUUCUUGGGGAUACCCUCCCAAAGCAUCCCACUGACCUCAUCCCAGCAUUCAAAUCCCCUAUGUCUUUUAACAAGUCACUAGGAAUUGAAAGUGCCAAAGAAUUUGCAGAUCCUGAUAGAGCAGGUGAAGAAACCCCUAUAAUGAAGCAAGAUGCAUUUAGGUCCAGAAUAAAUCCUUUGAUCCAGAGGAGCUCAAGACUCAGGUCCUCUCUGAUUUUCAGUGCUGCCAAGUUAGAUCAGCCUAACACUGCAAUAGAAAAGGUUCAGAUGAUUCAGAAAGAACAAAUGUCCAGUGAGUUGACGAAAGACAAUGAAACUAUAAAGACAGCCACCUCAUCUAAAGUGGCAGAACUUUUAGAGAAGUACAAAGCUGUGGGCAAAGACACAGAACGAGCUACAGUCACUCAUACCAAAGCUGUUUCCAGUUAUCUACAGGAAGAAUCACAGAACGCAGAGAAGAAAUGCACCAAAUCCGUGCAAUAUAAGAUUCUGGAAAGUAGGGUACUAGAAUCCAAAGACUCCUGCAGUACUUACAAAAUGCACGGAGAAGCUGAAAGACCAUUUGCACUGGCCUCAUCUCCCCCCCAGCUUAUUGACACAUUGAGUAAAGAUCCCUUAGCACAUAUUGGAACUAAGGUGGACAAAUUAUCAUCUCGGUUUUACCCCAUAGAGAGUAAACCUGCUCUUCCAGAGAAGGAGAGUCUUAUAUUUGUAGGAGACACUCAAAAGUUGACUCUUCCAGAAAAGAAGGAAAGAGUGACUUUCAAAGAAGACACUCAGAAAUUAGUCAAUACAGAACUGAAGAAACCACAGAUUAGGACAAAUACCACAUCAGUUCUUGAAAACUUAUCUAGAAGUCAAGGAUCUGACAGCUCCCUCAAUAAAUCUGAGGAAGACUGUUCAAAACAAGAACAAAAUCCAAUGGAAUUUUUAAGAAAAGGGUCACUACGGCUGAAGCAGUUUUUGAACCCAAAAGGUGAAAAGAAAUUGGAGGAGGAGCCCACUUUGGAGAUUGGAAAGUCUGAUAAGCAAGCUAUGGUUCUCAAGCGAUCUUCCAUUGGGGACUGUCAGGAAAUGAUGGAGGAAGAAAAACCCCAUAAAUUUGCAACACCACUUCCUCCCAAAAGCAGCCAGCCCACACAGGGGAGAUUUCCUUCUUCCACAGCUAACAUCCUCUACAGCAGCAACCUCCGUGAUGAUACCAAGGUGAUUUUGGAACAAAUCUCUGCAAACAGUCAGAAGAACAGAGCUGAACUGGCCAAGCAACUACCAUCCACUAGUAAUCCUGAUCUUUCAAAGUCAACUACAAGCUUGGAAAGGAAAGGUGAGAAGGAGAAAAGCUGUAACAUCCAUAGGUCAGAGAGUUUUGGGAGCCAGAAACGAAAUCUUCAGCGGCAACCAUCUGAGGAUAGAGAUACCCUCCUUAAGAAAAUGGAGAAUAUGCGGAAGGAGAAGCGAGUCUACAGUAGAUUUGAGGUCUUCUGCAAAAAGGAUGAACACACAAGUCAGAGUGAAGAGGAAUAUGACACAGAUGCCAAAGACAAGAAGAUGGGAAAAUUCAUGCCCAAAAUCCUGGGGACCUUCAAGACUAAAAAAUGAUCAUAGAAAAACUAUUUAAUUCCAUAUAAUCACUGACUGUCAAAGGGGAAUGAGGAAGUAACUUGUUUAUGAUGGCUCUAAGCACCAUAGGCAAUAUUCUUCAUGGUUAGUGAGUGGAAAUGUGUUCAGCAUUAGACUCCUGUGGCACAAUUUGCCCAAUAAAGUCAUGUGGUAUCCAGCAUCCUUAUCACAUUAUGUUUCAAAUAAAGUUAUUAAAUUGCCAAGAUGCUUAAACCAGAGAAAUAAAGUCAGAGUCUCUUUAUAUUAUGCUCAGGGAAUAUUUUCAGCAAACAAAACAAUUCCACUUUCAGAAUUUCUUCUGAAAAAUAAAGAAUAAAAAAUAGAAAAUUCAAGACUUAAGUUCAGUCCAGGAAAGAUACGCACAGACACACACGCAUGAACUGGAAAACGUGUGUAAAAACAACAUUUUCUCAGGUACAGUUAUCUCUUCUUUGUAUCAAAUAACAAAUGAGAUAGGCACCUUUUUGAAGGUUUACAGGAAUGCACUGUACAUAAUAUUUAGUUCCUUAGUUUUUUUUCUCCUCAGCUUGGUCUCUCUCAGCUUGGCAGCUGGCAGGAUUGCCAAACUGUUUGGUGGGUUUUUUGAUAUUUUUUUUCUCCCCUUGAUCUUUGUACCAUAGUCCAAAGAGAUGCUCUCACACGGAUUUCCCAUUCCUAUUAGCCUGGGGCUCCUGAGUAGCCACUUGUGACACUAGCUGCAAGCUCAGCAAACCAGUUCAGAUACGUGGCUGACAGAUGGAGACAAGAGGCUGCAUCAAUUCCUGAAGGUAACUUUAGUGGAGGGCUUUUAAAACUUUAGCUCCUUUUUGAGGAUGCCAGCUCCCAUGGUAACAAGCUUUACAUAGUUCAGCAGGCUUUAUAUAAUUUACAUAUCUGUAACAAUUACUGGAAACAAAGCUGAACUGGAUUUCUUAUGCUUAUUCCAUAUUGUACAACUGUAUACUAUUUCAGAUACAACCCAUAAUCUGUUACAUACCUAUAAAUUCAUAAAGGAAUGCUGUAA